CUCCCCGCGUUUUCUCCUGCUCUUGCGAUUUGUGUUUGAGGGUUUGAGUGUCUUGGAGUCGGUCGCCAAGUCCGUCCGGCCAGCUGGGGCGACCGACGAGUUGCGACGGCAAGCCAGAGCGCCGGGUAGAAGCACAGGUUUUCCGUGAGAGGAAAGGCUCCCGGAUCUUCCUGCGACGUCAGCAGCGGUAUUUUAUGAGCAGAAACAUAGAAAACAACCGCAAAAAAACUUCAGAGUAAAAAAAAAAAGAUUUAAUAACCGUGGUGCUUGUACACAAAUAUUGUGAGAAAUGCGUCCUGCAGGUGAAAUAGUUGCCGACUUGUACAUGAGGGAUAUUAAUUUACUAGAAGACAAUAGCAACCCGACGGUGUUUAUCAACCUUGAACCUGAAUUGCGAGUGUCUUGGUUGAUUCUUAAACUCAAAGGGCAUUAGUUUAAAGAAUGAGCUGUUAAACCUGUGCUAUCGAAUUAUUGGAUUCAUUAAUGGACUUGAAUGCUUCACCUUUACCUGAAGAUGAUGAAGAGGAGCAAAUUCUAGAUGCUCCUGUGCAAGAUGAAAUCUAUGAGGAAGAACAUGUAGAAACGGCAGUGGAGACUUUACGCAGGGAGCGUGAAGAACGGCGACAAAGAUUGAAAAGAGAACAUCCAGAUGAUGUAGCAAGUCGUACGUCUGCCAAAAUACAGAAGGCAAAUGUAGCAUUUCAAUCUAGAAAUAAUGGGUCCAAUGAUAGAAGGAAGCAGGUGCCCAGUGGUUGGUCUGAUUGUCCUCCAUAUGGCAAACCUAUAUUUAAUAUUAUUCCUUCUAAAGUUCCAUUAAGUGAGUUUUUCAACGACUGUGUUGUGCCUGGUAAGAGAUAUAACAUUAAAAGGGUGAUCGACAAGCAGAGGAUUGCAGGAAGAGAGCUUGGGUUGGUAAUUGAUCUGACGAAUACUUCUCGCUAUUAUUCACCAAUAGAUUGGAAGAAACAGGGGAUUAAGCAUUUAAAGAUAGCGUGUAAGGGACGUGAUGAGGUGCCAGAUGCUCUAGCUGUGAACAUUUUCUGCUAUGAGGUAAUGCAAUUUUUCCAGCGGCAAAAAUCAAAGUAUAUAUUAGUCCACUGCACUCAUGGGCACAACAGAACUGGAUACAUGAUCAUUAAUUUUCUUGUACGGUGUUAUGGUUAUUCUGUCACUGAGGCCAUAGAAGCAUUUACAGCAGCUCGUCCUCCUGGAAUAUAUAAACCGGACUAUAUUGAUGCACUUUACACAUUGUAUCAUGAUAAAAAGCCUGAGUCAUUUGUGUGUCCUCCAACUCCUGAGUGGAAAAGGUCUUCUGAGCUUGAUCUGAAUGGAGAUUCUAUUCCAGAUAUGGAUGAUGAUGAUGGUAACAACGGGAUUUCUGCUACAGUGCAGGAAAUUGGUGUGACUAAUGUAACAAUGACAAAUGAUGAUGUUCUGGGAGAUGAAAUAUCUUAUGACCAUCAAGUUGAUUUGCAACGGGUCUGUUGUUGGGCACUUGGAGUGGGAAAUGGAAGGCAUUUUCCAGGCUCACAGCCCGUUUCUCUUGACAGGACAAGCUUGCAACUUCUGAGGCAGCGUUAUUAUUAUGCGACAUGGAAAGCUGAUGGCACACGAUAUAUGAUGCUUAUCACACAUGAUGGUUGUUAUCUGAUUGAUAGAAAAUUUUAUUUCCGAAGAGUUCAAAUGCGGUUUCCAUUAAGGUCUCCUGCUCAGGAUGACAGAAACCAUCAUCACUUAACACUGCUAGAUGGUGAGAUGAUAAUUGACACAGACCCAGAAACUGGGCAGCAGAAUAGAAGAUACCUAGUCUAUGAUCUCAUGAUGCUCAACCAUAAGCCAGUAAUAGAGUUACCAUUUUGUGAAAGGUGGAAACUAAUUGAGAAGGAAGUGAUUGAGCCACGAAAUAUUGAGCGUGCGACAUUUGAGCGGGAACGUGCAACACCAAUACAUUACAGAUAUGAGAUGGAGCCUUUUCGCGUCAGGAGAAAGUUGUUCUGGAUGCUAUCAGCUGUUGGGAAACUUCUUGUGGAGUUUAUCCCUAAACUUUCCCAUGAUGCAGAUGGUCUCAUAUUUCAGGGAUGGGAUGAUCCAUAUGUACCCCGAACCCAUGAGGGACUUCUAAAGUGGAAAUAUGCUCAUAUGAACUCUGUGGAUUUCCUUUUUGAGGUUGGGGAGGGAGAUUAUCAUGCACUUUAUCUUAUUGAUAAAGGGAGGAACAAGCAAUUGGAAGGAGCCUAUGUUGUAUUCAAAGGCGGUGAAGAUCCCAUGGAAUACUCUGGAAAGAUUAUAGAAUGCUCAUGGAAUCCAGAUCAGAUGUGCUGGGAGUACAUGCGAGUCAGAGUGGACAAGACAACUCCAAACGCUUGGAAUACAUAUACAAAGGUGAGGAAAAGCAUCGAGGAUAACAUAACACAGACUGAUUUACUUAAUGAGAUAGAUGAGAUAAUAAAGCUGCCAAUGUAUGCUGAUAGAAUAGCGAAGGAAAGCCACGCCCGUCAUCACCAUUCACAUCCUGGCCGACGCAGGUGAUAUUUGCCUGUGGGUAGUUUAGCUUGCUGGUAGUUCUACCAUGAGAGUCGAAGCAUUGUAAAGUAGCAAUUGGGGUUCCAUAGUUUCUGUGCUUCAUUCAGGGGGCUUAUAGCGUCCUGAUGGAUGCAGUUCUACCUUGCAGAUCUUGUAACACAGCAUUAGGGAAGCAAGGUUGUCUUGUAAAUCAUUCCUUGUGUUAGGCCCAGUAAUGACGUAGUUUUUGAUAUAUGGUAGAACACCUUGUAAAUCAUAAAAUUUUACGUUCUAACGUAGUUUUGGUAUCAAACA